CAUUUCUCCAAAAACGAUAAUUCAAAAUGUUAGAAAAUCCAAAGACUUCAAAGUCACGAUGUCUUGAUGUGAGUGGCUAAUUUCAAUUAAUGAGAACAUGUCUGGAUAAAACUAAGCCACAUUUUAAAGAGUGUUAUCCAAAUUUUCGGGAUGUUGAUCCGUUGAACUAGUGCCAGUCUGCGCCUCCCAAGCCUUUGUUAUUAAUUCAUCUUUGUGAUCGGAGUGGUAGCAAUAUUGCUGAAAUUGGGCGAAUAUCAAGCAAACCCAUCCCUGCAGCUACGGCUCUCGGACAGCCCGUUGACCAACAACCGGGUACUCCAGCUGCUAAUCAUCACAGAGCCAAAUUUAUGGGCUUUGGUCGGCGGAAAAAAGACAAGCGGAACACUAACGCCGAUACCAUGGACAAUCGGCCACUGCUCGAUACGCCCAUGGACAUUGUGCACGACAGAUCGACGGCGCACAAUGAAGAUUCCAUCAAAGAGGACGACGAUACCGAGCCCAGCAAUAACGGUAAUAAUGAGCCUUUGCAAGACCAAGAGCUAAUGGACACCUUGGAUAACAACGAUAUGGCUCGUGAUGAAAAUGUCCCAAUGGUGGAUAAUCUAACGGCAGAGGAAACAAUGCACCCUGUUUCCCCAUUGCAGCCAGAUACUAGUACGGAUAUGGCGCGACCCGGUUCCAGCAAUGAAUCGUUCGACGGAGAAAAGCUUGACGACGAUGACGAUUCACGAGCCGAUGGUGUUAUAAAUUUUACGGUUCCUGAUAUUAGAAAACUGCAGGAAGCGGGAACGUUAAGCAAUUCUAUACAAGUUAGGAAUUUGCCUUGGAAAAUCAUGGUUAUGAAGCGCAGAGGACGCGGAUCUGCUAGUCACAUGCACGAUGAAAGCUGGACGUUGGGAUAUUUUUUACAAUGUAACGCUGAUGCGGAAUCCACUUCCUGGACUUGUCAUGCUAGCGCAGAGCUCCGGCUAUUACCGUGGAAAUCGGACACUCCGGCAAUCAAGCGCCCGAUAUCCCAUAUGUUCUACAACAAAGAAAAUGACUGGGGUUUUACAAAUUUUAUCCAAAUGGAGGAUUUGAUGGAUCCCGUGAAAGGUUAUAUAAACCCUACCGAUUAUUCUCUGAAGCUACAAGUUACUCUGAAUGCUGAUCCGCCGCAUGGAGUUUGUUGGGACUCAAAGAAAUAUACCGGCUAUAUCGGAUUGAAAAAUCAAGGAGCCACGUGCUAUAUGAACUCUCUUCUCCAGGCGCUUUAUUUCACUAACAAGCUGAAGAAGGCGGUUUAUCUGAUCCCAACCGAAGCUGAGGAUCCUGUGAGAAGUGUUCCUUUAGCCGUUCAGCGAGUAUUUUAUGAGCUUCAGACUAGUGACAAGCCAGUGGGAACGAAAAAGCUCACAAAAUCUUUUGGAUGGGAGACACUGGACUCUUUCAUGCAACACGAUGCGCAGGAGCUUUGUCGCGUGUUAUUGGAUAACAUGGAUAUGAAAAUGAAACUAACCCGAGUGGAAGGAACGAUACCCAGGUUGUUCGAAGGGAAGAUGAUCUCAUUUAUCCGCUGUAAAAACAUCAGCUACGAGUCAUCCCGUGAGGAAUCGUUCAUGGAUGUUCAGUUGAAUGUUAAAGAUCGGAAGGAUGUGUACGCCUCUUUUGAUGAUUACGUGGAGCUAGAGGUGUUGGAUGGAGACAACAAAUACGAUGCCGGUGACCAUGGCUUGCAGGAAGCCGAAAAAGGAAUUGCCUUUGUGUCCUUUCCUCCUGUUCUUCACUUGCAGCUUAAGCGCUUCCAGUUUGACCCUAUUAGUGAAAGCAACAUUAAGAUCAACGAUAGAUUUGAAUUUCCGGAAAGACUCGAUCUGACGAAGUACCUUCAAGAGCAGGCGGACGUUCCACCGAUAUACUUUCUUCAUGCUGUGCUGGUCCACAGUGGUGAUAACCAUGGCGGUCAUUACGUAGUUUAUAUAAAUCCGAAAGGCGACGGAAAAUGGUGCAAAUUUGACGAUGACGUUGUGGUAAAGUGCCAGAAGAAGGAGGCAAUCGAACGCAACUAUGGUGGAUCUUCUGAUGAAUUUCUUCAGUUUAGAAAUUGUACUAAUGCGUACAUGUUGGUUUAUAUUAACGAAAGCUUAAAAGGGGAAAUUCUACAGCCCGUUACCGAAAACGAUGUGCCUGGUUACUUGAAAGAGCGCUUUGCCGAAGAACGUGAAACUGAAGCCAGGCGACGCCAGGAGAAGAUGAACCAAAAUGGUUACGUUAAUUUGCGAGUGGUUACGGAAGAUGAUCUGGCUGUUCAUCAGGGCCACGAAUUAAUCGAUUUAGAGAAGAUUCAGCAUAAAAAGCCGGUCCGUAUCAGAAAGGAAAUUACAGUGAAAGAAAUACAUGAAACGUUGGCCGAGUUAUUCGGGUAUAAGACGGAUGAAAUAAAAUACUGGUUGUGGCAACAUCGUCAAAAUGGAACCUUUCGGCCGACCUUAGCGGCGGACGAUUUGCUGAAAAACCACGACCAGAGUUUCGUGGAAAUCUUCGGGGAAGAAGAUGAACAGUUGAUCGUAUUGUUGGAGAUAAUAAAAUACAGAAAUCCUCAUACUUUCCUUAACGCGAACCGCCUUCACAGUCGGAGGCAGCAGGACGAGGAGAUGGUGCUUUUUUUCCGUCUUUAUGACCCGGUGCGCCGAGUAUUGGAAUAUAAAGGAUUUGAUCUGGUUUCGCAAAAAAUAACCCCAAAAGAACUGAUGGAAAUCUGUAUUCAGAAAGGGGAUUUUCCACCAGGAACACCGCUUUUAUUAUUUAACGAUUUUAAACAAAAUGCAGUGGAGAAAAUUAAUAUCGCUCCCGAGCAGUCAUUUGCCCGAUAUCAGACUCCGGAGCUAAAUGAUGGAGAUCUCAUUAUUUUCCAGAAGCUUGUGACAUCAGAGCAGGAAGAACAUCUUAGCUUGCCCACCGUCAAAGAAUAUUUCAAGGAUCUCACUUUUCGCACGGAAAUUGAGUUCGUCGAUAAAGAACGACCGAAUGAUGAGAUUCGGACGUUCAUGCUUACAUUGAAUCUGAGGAUGUCCUAUCAGCAAGUGGUCAGCGCAGUUGCCGCGCGUCUCCAAACCGAUCCCAAGCGGAUACAACUGUUUCGUUGCCAAAAUAAUAGCUCGGUACGGGACACCGCUGGUUCGGCCAUUGCUGGAAGCUGCGAGCAGACUCUCCAUCAUCUGGUGCAGUCGCGCCUAAGUAUGAGCAAGUCCAAAAAGCUUUUCUAUCAGCAAUUGGAUAUGGAUAUCGAUGAACUGGAAUCGAGGAAGGAAGUCAAAAUACUAUGGCAGCCAAAUUAUCGUGAUGAGGGUCGGGAGUAUACCGUUUUGGUUAACAAACGAGGUACGGUUGCGGAUAUUCUGGAACAGAUGAAGAAGGUUGUUGAACUUAGUCCCGAUGGUAGCGGCCAGCUGAGGUUGAUCGAAGUGAUGAAUUCGCGUAUCACGAACGUUUUCCAAAAAACUCAGCCUUUGGAAAAUAUAUCAUCCAUAUCGGGUAACAAGAUUUUUCGUGUUGAAGAAGUCCCUGUCGAGCAGGUUCAAGUGAAAAACGAAGAAGGCGAAAAUCUUAUCCCGGUUGCCCAUUUCCAGAAGGAAUCACAUCAGAAUUUUGGGAUUCCCUUUUUCAUCAAAGUCAAACAGGGUGAAGAAUUCUCCGAAGUAAAAGAGCGAAUUAGAAAGCUGUUAGAUGUUCCAGAAAAGGAAUUCGAAAAGUAUAAAUUCUGUGUUAUACACAUGGGAAAAGCCCAUCAUUUGGAGGAUUCAACAAAGGUGAACACAAGGGAGCUGAUUCCUUAUGGCGGAGCUUUUUCGAUAUGGUUAGGGAUAGAUCAUGUCAAUCGCACACCAAAGAGGCCACGACCGAAUUAUAUGGAGAAGGCGGUGAAAAUUUAUAACUAACCAUGCGUUUUUGUGGGGUGGUUAGUUAUUUUCUUCGCUAUUCGGUCAACUGCGACAUCGUUGUGGAAACUGUGAAGGCAUGGCAGUUUUUAAUUAUUGUGAAAUGCCAUGAGGAUCUGGUACUGCAUUCAGUUUGUGCUUAGAUGUCUAUUCAUAUUUCAUUCUAUUAAUGGGUUGGUCAUUUUGCUGCCUUAGCAGUUUGUUUGGUUUUUUCAGUUUGUAAAAUGGAAAUUAUGCCCUUGUGGUUUUCUCUCUGAUUUUAUGGAUGCACUAUUGAUUUAUUGUUCUGGAUUGAUCUUUGCACGAGUGGUUAUUACCGCAGUGAAUAUUGCAUUAUAAAGUGAUGUGUAAUGGGAAAGAUA